CUUGCCGUUGGUUAAAUCAUUCAUUUCCUUGCUGCACAGGGACGCGCUGUAGUUCAGACAGCAGUAAGGAGAUUCUGACACGGGAAGGUCAUGGCUAGGAGGCUUCCCCUACAGAGAACGAUGGUCAGUGUUCUCACAGCAUUCCUGCUCACCUGUCCCGCUUUCUCCCUUGCGGCUACGGAGCAAGGCGAGGCAGCGUCUCCUGUCGCAACUAACGGUCAACCGUUUCCAUGGGACAAAAUGAGGCUUCCAGAAACGGUGACGCCGCUGCACUACGACCUUCUCAUUCACCCCAACCUGACCUCUCUCGACUUUACUGGGAUCGUUCAGCUCCAGCUGGAGGUCCUACAGGACACCCAGUUCAUAGUUCUGCACAGCAAGGACCUCCGGAUCUCCAAGGUGGCACUUCUGGAACAUGGCAGAGUCCAGCCACUGCAAGUUCUGGAGUACCCUGCUUUCCAACAAGUGGCUCUCCUCUCAGAUGAUGUCACUUUUACCAAGGGAAGGCAGUACACCGUGCACAUGGAGUUCGCUGCAAACCUCUCCGAGAGCUUUCAUGGUUUUUACAAAAGCACAUACCGUACACGUGAGGGCGAGGUCAGGGUUGUGGCCUCCACCCAGUUUGAGCCCACGAGUGCCCGUGCUGCCUUUCCCUGCUUUGAUGAGCCAGCCUUUAAGGCAAACUUCUCCAUCCGGAUCCGCAGAGAGGCCCGGCACAUCGCACUGUCCAACAUGCCCAAGCUGAAGACAGUGCAACUGGCUGACGACCUGCUGGAGGACCAUUUUGACAUGAGUGUGAAGAUGAGCACCUACCUGGUGGCCUUCAUUGUGUCGGACUUCCUGUCUAUCAGCAAGAACAGCCAGCAUGGAGUAAAGAUAUCGGUGUAUGCCGUGCCCGAGAAGAUCGAUCAGGCAGAGUUUGCACUGGAUGCUGCAGUACGGCUCCUGGAUUUCUACGAUGAUUACUUUGACAUCCCGUACCCACUCCCCAAACAAGAUCUCGCUGCCAUCCCUGACUUCCAGUCGGGCGCCAUGGAGAACUGGGGUCUGACGACCUACAGGGAGUCUGCCCUCCUCUUCGACCCCAACAAAUCCUCUGCCUCUGAUAAGCUGGGGAUCACCAUGAUCAUCGCACAUGAGCUGGCCCAUCAGUGGUUUGGUAACCUGGUGACCAUGCAGUGGUGGAAUGACCUAUGGCUUAACGAGGGCUUUGCCAAGUUCAUGGAGUUUGUGUCUGUCAACAUCACCAACCCUGAGCUGCAAGUGGAGGAUUAUUUUCUGGGGAAGUGUUUUGAGGCCAUGGAAGUGGAUGCCCUAAGCUCCUCCCACCCCGUCUCCACCCCUGUGGAAAACCCCGCCCAGAUCCAGGAGAUGUUUGAUGAUGUCUCCUAUGAAAAGGGAGCCUGUAUUCUGAAUAUGCUGAGAGACUACCUGACUCCUGAGGCCUUUAAAACGGGGAUUGUGCGCUACCUGCGGCGCUAUAGCUACCAGAACACUGUCAACGCCCACCUCUGGGACAGCUUGACUAAUAUCUGCCAGUCAGAUGACCUGGAUGAGGGGAGACUGAGAGGAGAUGGGUUUUGUUCUCAGAAGAAAUCCCACUCAGCAGCUUCAAAGUGGUUUGAGGAGGAUGAGCUGGACGUGCGGGCGAUGAUGGACACCUGGACCUUGCAGGAGGGGUUUCCUCUCAUCACUGUUGAGGUCAGAGGUCGGGAGGUCAGACUGAGCCAGGAGAGGUACCUCAAAAGCGAGGACCCCACUCAGGCAUCCGGGUUUCUGUGGCAAGUUCCUUUGACCUACAUUACCAGUCACUCCAGUACUGUGCAUCGCUUCCUGCUGAAGACCAAGACAGAUGUGCUGUACCUGCCUGAAGAAGUGGAGUGGAUCAAAUUUAACGUGGACAUGAGUGGGUACUACAUCGUCCACUAUGAGGGGCAGGGCUGGGACGCCCUGAUCAACCUGCUUCUGCACAACCACACAGCCCUCAGCAGCAAUGACAGAGCCAGCCUCAUCAAUAACAUCUUCCAGCUGGUCAGCGUUGGGAAGGUGCCCCUGGACAAAGCGCUGGACCUGUCGCUGUACCUGAGCCAAGAGACAGAGAUCAUGCCGGUGACACAGGGCCUCAGUGAGCUGGUGCCUCUGUAUAAACUGAUGGAGAAGAGAGACAUGGAGGACCUGGAGAACCAGAUGAAGAGCUACAUCGUGACCCUGUUCCAGGACCUGAUCGACCGUCAGUCUUGGACGGAUGACGGCACUGUGUCGCAGAGGAUGCUGCGUAGCUACCUGCUAAUGUUUGCCUGCGUGCGCGGCUACCAGCCUUGUGUCACCACUGCCACUGAGCUCUUCCACAAGUGGAAAGAGUCCGACGGCAACAUGAGCCUUCCCAAUGAUGUCAGCUUGGCGGUGUUUGCAGUGGGAGCACGCACUCCGGAGGGGUGGGACUUCCUGUUUGAGAAAUACCGCCAUUCGCUGUACACCUCAGUGAAGAGCCGGAUCAAGUCAGCCCUCUCCAUCAGCCCGCUGUCUGACAAGCUGAAGUGGAUGAUGGAACAGAGUCUGUUAGGCGAGGUGAUGAAGACUCAGGACCUGCCCUACGUCGUGGUCCCUGUCAGUAAAAACCCCAAGGGCUACAAGCAUGCCUGGGACUUCCUAAGGGCCAACUGGGAAACCCUGGUGAAGAAGUUUGACCUUGGCUCUCACUCCAUUUCACACAUGGUGAUUGGAGUAACCAAUCAGUACUCCACUAGGGAAAUGCUGGAGGAGGUUCGAGGCUUCUUCGCCUCUCUGCGGGAGGAGACAGGAUCAGGGCUGCGCUGCAUCCAGCAGGCCCUGGAGAGCAUCGAGGAGAACAUCCGCUGGACGGACAAGAACCUGCCGCUGAUCCAGGCCUGGCUGGACAGGCAUGGACCACAGUGCCGGAGCCCAGGGCAAGCGGGGGUCUGAUUCCUGGCGGCAGCAACGCUUUUAGCUUCCCCUGCAGCCAGGAAACUGCUACGGCAGACUCACCUCAUCGGUUAAAUCAUCCCUUUCGAUAUAAAAUAUCCACAAAUCAUAAUUAAGCCCCUCCCCACCAAAGUGAAUAUGGUACCCCAGAUUCUAGAGGUUAGUUUUGACUGAAUAUCGAAAAAGAAAAUGUCUUAGGUCAAGUUGUUUGAGGCUCUAAGA